UAUAUAUAACUCUGAAAUUCUUUUUCUCUCUUUCCUGUAGAUCUCCCACCUCAUCCGUCUUCCUCUCUCUCUUCGUCGUCUCCAUUUCAGAUUCUGCUACUUCUUGUACCUGGGUUUCCACCUGACCAAUUUCGAAUUCUGUUCGUCAUUUGGGUCUUGAUCAAUCAAACUUCUUGCACAAGAUGUACUUCCUGCAUCUUCAUACCAAAAUGCAGUUUUUGAGCUGGUUUUUGAAUCCAAAUGGAUGCCAAGAAGUUCAUUCAGUUGGUCGAGGAGAAGAAGAAGCGAGUUUUGGAAAGGAAAGAAGCCCCGUUUAAAUGGCAGCAGAGGCUAGAAGCUGCUGCAAAAGCAAGAGCUGAUGCCGAAGCCAGAGAAAGGAAGGCAAAGUUGGCAAAAAAGAAUAAAAGAAAAUCUGUAUCUGGUUACGAGAGUGAGAGUGAAUCUGACAGCAGUCAUGGGGACAGAAAGUCCAGAAAAAGAUCUCAUAAGAAGCACAGAAAGCACUCCCAUUCUGAUUCUGGGGAUGAGAAGAGGGAGAAGAAAUCCAAGCAUAGGUCAAAGAGACGCUCUUCGGACUCAAAUGACAGCAGUGAUGAUUGUGAUAGCUCUGAAGAAGAUAGAAGAAGGAGGAAGUGCUCUCAGAGAAAGCACAGUCGGCAAUCUCGCAAUGGUUCAAGAUCCGAGGAUUCUAGUUCUGAUUACUCUUCUGGUGAAGAUGCUGCUGUGAGGAGAUCUCACAAGAGGCACCACAAACGCAACAAGAAGUCAGACUCUGAUUCUUCUGAUUACUCUGAAGCGGAUGAUCGGAGGAGAAGCCAUUCCAAGCACCACAAGCGUCAUCGUCGAUCCAGGUCUAAUGACUCAGAUUCUUCUAGUGAUGAUGACUCGCUGGAAAAGAGAAAUCACAGGAGGUCCCGCAAACAGCACAGAAGAUCACACAGUGUUGAUUCUUCGGAUUCUCAUGGCCACAAGCAUGAUAGGAGGAGCCGAUCACUAGGAAAAUCAUCUGAUGAUAACUGUGAUGAAGCUGCCAAACAUAGACACAAGAAAGGUGAUCGUCACCACCAUCAUCACCAUCACAAGCAUGCAAACCACAGCAGCGUGAAAGAACUUGCUGCUUCGGGCAGUCAACCAUCUGAAGCAAAUGGAAAUUAUCUGCAGCAUGGAGAUACCAAUACCAAUUGCCAUUUGAAUGGCAGCUGCUCAAAACAAGAGGUUGGCACAGAGGUGAAAGGAAAGAUUGACCCUGAGAAUGGACACCUUGCUGACCUCAGCAAGUAAUUACGAAAGACUAAGUUUUUCGUUGAACUUGAUUGUCGUCUUGUUUUAGCAUUUUCUAUCAUUGUUAAGGGUUUCUGUGAGGAAGUCAUCUUUCUCUUGGUUUCAGGAGUUAUCCUAGCCUUUGCACAAGUAUUGACCUUGCUUUACAUUACCUAAUGUGGGUUCAUUGUUAAUUGUACAUCGACUUUAGUGUGUUUUGCUUUAUACCAGUUCAGUCAGCUGAUUUGAUGAAAUAGUUUUCUUUAUUCUCUACUCUACACAAUUAAGCCAAUUUUAACUCUUGA